AAAAGCGGUGUUGGUUAUUCGGAUUUCUCCAAUACUAUAUAUCAACACCGUCCGUACAUUUGGCCACCAUUACGCAAGUUAUUCAAUGUCAACUUUGUUAUAAUAGCUGCAGGACUCUUUCUGAUAUCAAUAGACUUUGAAUGGUUAAUGAAACAAAUCAAAUUGAUUGGAAACGGACUUAAACCUGAGGCAUCACAGCUUGCUGAAUCUCCCGAAGGGAAGGGCGAGACAUCGGAUUCGGUACAUCAUUUUAUCCUUAAAUAUGUUGGUGGUCAUUACUGUGGACGACAAUGUGAUUGGAAGAGACAUCCCGUUAAUAACGUCGUGACUUUCUUUGCAACAAAAGCUGUGCUGGAUGUAUCCUUUCCGCAAUUUUUUGUCUGA